UUAUUUAAAUUUCACAGGAUAUCAAUUCAAGAUGGCUACCAGUAAGCUGAAUCAGUUUCUGGAACAUGUUGAUGAGAAGGUCUUAGAGUGUACCAUCUGCUUUAAGAGACUUCAAAAUCCAAAAUCCCUCAACUGCCUCCAUAGUUUCUGUUUAGCAUGCCUGGAAGACUGGGUUAAGGAGAAGGGUAAGCUGACUUGCCCAACUUGCUCAAAAUCAUAUCCAAUUCCAAAAAGAGGGCUUGAGAAGCUUCCACCAAAUACCUUUCUAAAUAACUUAUUAGAAACUAUCGAACAAUUUUCAGAGAGUGGUCACAUGAAAUGUAGUGUUUGUGAAAAGGAAAGACAAGUAAAAUACUACUGCCAGGAUUGCAGACAGUACUUGUGCUCUACUUGUAGUGAUCAACAUAAGAAGUUUAAAGCCAUGGCAAAUCACAAGUUACAUUUAAUGGUGGAUGUGCAAUCAAUGAGCCCCUCUCAGAUGACUUUGUUACAUCCGCCUCAGUGUUCACAUCACAGUAAACCUUUGGAGUUCUACUGCACAGAUUGUAAAACUCCAAUCUGUGUUAACUGUACAAUUAUGGAGCACAAGGAAUGGGAAGGAAAACACAAACCAAUCAACAUUUCAGACGCAUUCCAAACAUUUAAAAAAACUUCAGCCACCUUGGAAAAAUCUGCCAAACACUUCAUAAACAAAUUAGAAGGUGGUCUCAAAGCUGUUAUCCACAAUGCUACAAAAAUUACAACAAAAUAA